AUGGAGAACGGAUCAAAGGGCAAGUUGAAGGAUCCAGGGGUCUCUAUGAUGAAGUCAUCUUCGAGUGCUGCAUCUUUGAAAAGACCGCGAAGAACCAAUAAUGGAGCCCAAAUUGCAUCAUGCUUGGUUGAUGGGUGCAAUUCAGACCUUAGUGAAUGCAGGGAUUAUCAUCGACGCCAUAAAGUAUGUGAGCUCCAUUCAAAGACCUCAAAAGUUACGAUCAAGGGCCAGGAACAGCGGUUCUGCCAGCAAUGCAGCAGGUUCCAUUCAUUGGAGGAGUUUGAUCAAGGAAAAAGAAGCUGCAGAAGACGUCUUGCUGGACACAACAAACGCCGAAGGAAGCCUCAAUUAGAACCCAUGUCCACAAAUUUGGGAAGAUUCCUUUCCAGUUACCAAGGCACAAGAUUCUUACAAUUUGGUAGUCCACAAGUGUGUCCAACAAUUGCUGUAAUGAACUCUGCAUGGGGUGGGGCUAUGAAAGCAGAGAAUGAUGAUGUGCUUCUUCAUAGUCACUCGCAGUUAAGUGAGACGAGAAGAAACUUAUUUCCGGGAUCUUUGUCGUGUCAACAGAGCAUUGAGUCCAUCCUCUCUCAAGCUUCUGCCUGCCAACAACUUGUUGGUACCAACUUUGCAUUGGGAAAUUCAGGCAACAGCCACAAGAUGUUCGCCAAUGGAUUAUACCGCGACGUUGAAUCCAAUCGUGCUCUCUCUCUUCUGUCAUCGACACCAGCAUCCCGGGGGGAGAUCGGUUUGAGCCACGCAGGGCAGUCCAGUUCAAUCUGGCCAGCUCAGCCCCUGAUCCCUAGACUGCGCUACAAUGUUUUGGGAAUGGACGAUGACGCUGCCAUUUCCAAUUUGGUUGCUGAUGGCAGCAGCAAUGCCAAUAAUAUGCAUUUCCAGGGCAUGUUUCAGAUAAUAUCUGAUGGCUCAACUGCUGGUGCCCCUCACUAG